AUGAGUACCUCCUCAGCAAAAACCUCGGCGUCCCGAAGUCGGCGGGACAAAGAUGACACCUCCAAUCCCGAUGUGCACCUGCUGGCCAUCGGGAACUAUCAUUUCCAGAAGACGGUCGGCGAGGGGAAUUUUGCCAAAGUCAAGUUGGCUAAGCAUAAGUUGACUGGGGUGGAGGUCGCAAUCAAAAUAAUCGACAAAACAACCCUCGACGAAAAAAAGCUUGGUAAGCUCUACCGCGAAGUGCGGAUCAUGAAACUCCUGCACCACCCCAACAUCGUCAAGCUCUACGAGGUCAUCGAGACCAAACACACCGUGUUCCUCGUCAUGGAGUACGCGUCGGGGGGCGAACUGUAUGAUUAUUUGGUUGUGCAUGGCAAGAUGAAGGAGAAGGAGGCCAGGGCGAAGUUUAGGCAGAUUUUGAGCGCGGUUAGUUAUUGUCAUAAGAAAAGGGUUAUUCAUCGGGAUUUGAAGGCCGAAAACCUCCUCCUCGACGCCAACCUCGACAUCAAAAUCGCUGAUUUCGGGUUCAGCAACUACUUCGACCCCGAAUCCAAACUGGACACCUUCUGCGGGUCGCCCCCCUACGCCGCACCCGAGCUCUUCCAGGGCCGGCGAUACACGGGGCCCGAGGUCGAUAUUUGGAGUUUGGGCGUUAUUCUGUAUGUCUUGACCACGGGGUGCUUGCCGUUUGAUGGCAAGAACUUGCAGGAGAUGAGGGAGAGUGUGUGUAGGGGAAAGUAUCGGAUUCCGUUUUAUUUGUCCGAUACCUGCGAGAAACUCCUGCGAAAAUUCCUGGUACGAGACCCCUACAAGCGUUCGGGCCUGGAAAUGCUCAUCGACGACCCGUGGAUCAACGAAGGACACCCCGACUCUCCCAUCUCGACCGACGUCUCGCAGAAAGUCGAAGAAAACGACAGCAUCAUCCGCCUCAUGGUUCAGAAAUUCAACUUCGACCGCGACGCCAUCUUGCAGAAGCUCAGGGAGAACGUCUAUGAUGAAGUGUCGUCGAUCUACUACCUGCUG